UGGGGAACGUUUGCAAUGGCCAAAACGUCAAGACGUCAUUGGCCAACAACAAUGCAUAACGAAACGGCAUACAGAAGCAGUUACCUCUGUGGACGACUUGCUAAUUAACGAACACGAAGGCUUAUCGCAAAACACCGCUCUUAUCGCCAAAGGUAGCGCAGUCGACGUCGCUGCAACGACACCCACAACCACACCAACAAAGGCGGCAGCGCACAAAGAGAGUUGCGAAACGACGUCAAUGGCAGCAGCAGUGGACUGCGGUAGUCUCCAAACAGCGAGCGCCAAGCGCGGCAGCAGCGACUCGCUUAAUACAAAUUCGAAUUCGACGUCGGCAUCGGCAUCGACAUCAACAUCGACGCGACCGCGACGUAAAUAUAGCUUUAAAACGCAUGCGGGCAGGUCCUACCAUCACCAUCACACGCCCCGACGCAUGUCCCUGAAUCAACAAUUGAGUGCUGGCGGCUUGAGCGGCGUCUCUGCCGGCAGCAGCGACUGCAGCGGCAGCAUGGUGGCGAAACUGACGCAGCAAUUCAAUGAGAUCAUACAAAAGGAUCGCAGUGUUUUGGAGGAGGUGAAGCGCAAAAAUGGUGUCUGGCUCUCACGUGGUGCGCAUGUCUACAAAAUUGUGGAGAAAACGCCCUCCACAGCCUCCAAUGCAGAGCAGCACGUCCCCACAGACGCCUCUAUGGUGCAGCGCAACAUUAAGAAAUUCGAGAAGCUAGAGAAGCCAGGCGUGCCUCUGAAGACACAUCAGGUAAUACGCAAGCACCGGGAGCUGAUGGGUAACUGUCCCCCCAACAGGCCUAACAGCUUGCCGUUAGGCAAGACGCGACACCACAAGCGCAAUUCUCUAAAGCUACAGCAGCAGCAACAACAACAAGGGCAUCAACAACAACAACAGUUGCAGCAGCUGGAGCCACCCAAGCUGGAGGUGGUCCGGGAAGAGGCGAAGACGCCCAUUGAAAAUGAAUUGGCGCAGGAAGCAGUCGAAAUGCCACCUGAUGAGGCACAAAAGACCGCAGAGACUGUGGAUUUUGUGGAUUCUGUGGCUGAUGACGUUGACGCCAGUGCUGCCAAUGCCGAGGCAGAAGAUGCCGCGACUGCGGAGCGACAAAAACAGCGCAAACAUAAAUAUGCAAUGAUUUAUGAAAAGUUUCGUUUUGCCUCACCAUUUGGCAAAGGUGGCAAGAAGUCGACAACGCCAUCGCCCAGCAGGUCAACGGAAGCUGCAACAACAACAGAAACAACAACAGCACCAACAACACCAACUCCAACACCAACAACAGAAAUUGCAGCAACGGAAGCGAUUGCAACAAGCCCCGAACCGGCAGCCAAAAUACUCGACGCCCUUGAAGCAGUGGACCAAAAGUUGAAAGGUCUCAGUCUGGGGCUGGGGCUAACCACCGAUGCGGAGUCUGGAGAUCUGCUGCUGGCAGCCAAUGAUGAUUUUGAGCAGCGGAUAUUGCCAAACAAUUCCUUUAUCUAUCAGGCGGCCAACAAGCAGAUAUCGAAUAACCAAUUGUUGGUCACACAGGCCGUAAAUGUGACGCUCGUGAAUGCCAUCGAGGGGGAGCAGAUGAUCAUGGAGCAAAAGGAGUUGGCUACAGAGCAGGAGGAGCCCAUGUAUGAACCCAUCGCGCAGGAGCAACCGGAACAACAACACCAACUAGCGGUCACACCCCCUGAAGUCAAGACUGAGCCACAAAGUUCGGGCCUCUAUAAAAUAUCCAAAAAAUCAGACUCGCCAGCGGCGCAGAACGAUGAUAUCUAUCAAACAGUGGAGGAGGCAUGUUUCCAAAAACCCUUGAGUUCCCCGAGCCCCAAUACCAACAACCACAACAACAACAAUUGGCUAGAGGGCUAUGAAUCUAUAGCGGGUUCUUGUGAGGCUCGAAAUACCGCUCUUGGCAGAAAAUUUAGCUUCGAUGGCUAUGAAACUUUUUCGCCGCCCACCCCUAGCUCGGAGGAGCCCGUCACGCCCACAGCUACGGCUACAACAGGCACUCUGGGACGUAAUACGAAUGACGAACUGCCCGAGCUGCCGAAACCCAAACGCAUAGUACCCAUAAGAAGGGCCCCGUUGAGACCAACAGCCAAGCCACCAACAACAACAACAACCACAAGGGCAAUAAUGAAAACUAGUCAAGAAGAACAAGAGAAAAUCGCGACUGAGCCAACGCCUGAGGAUCAUCAUUAUUAUGCGGAUGACGAUGAUGAGAAUAUCUACGAUACGAUCAAGGGUGUCCAUUGCUACGAGUCCAUGCAUAAGAGUACAACAACAACACUGAUAGUCCAGAGCAAUGGCGGAGCAGAUGCUAUAUCCUUGAGCUCCAAUUGCUAUGAGAGCAUUUCCAAUUAUCGGAAGAGCAACAAGCCCCAAGGCAGUUGCAUACAACUCUCCAGCAGCGGCUCCACACUCACCAUUUCCUCCGACCACAAGACGAACAGCCUGUACGAGUCCUCGCUGGCCGCUGGAAUCCACUAUGGCAGCGCCAGUGUCGGCUGCCGCUCCUCGCUGGGCAGCAGCGCCGGAAGCGGCAGUGGCAGCGGACGCAGCAGCAAUGGCAGACGCCCUUCGAAGCCCAACGAAAGGCGCUCCUCGAUUGCUGCCUCCAGUGAUAACAGCGAUGCCUGGGUAGAUAUAUCCGAUGGAGAGACGGCGCAGGCGCAGAAGCAAUUCAUUGUUGUUCGCGAACGUUUCAAACAUCAUCGAAGUCCCGAUUGGUCCAAGCGCAUUAGAGACAAAAGACUGCAACAACAGAAAGCGAUUAGCUACAUUGAUGAUGACUCCGAUCAUUAUUACGAGACGCUGUCGCCGUUGGGCAACAAGCGGCAUUCCACGCAACUUGAGGAGCAACGCACGCCAACGAAUCACAACCAGGAUCUGCCCCGCUAUGUCAGCAAUGGUGUGAGGGCUUCACAGCGUCAGGGAAAGAAGCAUUCGGCCUCCGCGCAUGCGUUGGGUGAACAUGUCCCCAACUCGGACGAUUACGAUAGCUUCGAGAGCGACACAGAUGAGCACUACGAGCAGGAUGAGCGCUUGCGUCAUCACAAUGAUAGUGGCGUGGACAUACGAAAUCAUCGACUGCCCGAUCCACCGGCGCCACAGAAACAAGUCUAUGCGAUUGUGCGGAAGUUCAGGGACUUCAUCUCAAAUAAAAAAUCACCGAAGGGCGCCGGAAAGUACGGAGGUAGUCAGCAAAAGUUGUACGAGAACACCACGCAGUUCUAUGUGGAGAGCGGCAGUUGUUUGGGCCAAAGCAGUGGAAACCUCUACGAAAAGUCACAAAACCGCAAGAAAACGAACGCGAAAAAACUAGCAAACCAUCGGGAUGACAUCUACGAUAAUACGGAGUUCCACAAAAUGCCGGCGACAAAUCUGAGUAACUCGGAAAAGAAUUUGCUGGCGAAUGCCAAUCGCCAGGAGACCACAAAUAGCGCCACAUUGCUGCGCAACAAGCAGAAGAAUACGAAGAGUCUGCGUUCGCGCCUGCGAAAGAGCCUUGUGGGUGUCAGCUUCGAUACCAAACAACUCUCCACGCUGACGUCCACUCGCAGCACCUUCUACAUUGAGGAUCCUGUACAGAGCGGCUCUGGGGAGCUCGAUUCCGGUUUCUCCGAGAAGGCAUCCUCGGGCGACAUUCCCGUGCAGCCAACAGAGGUUCCCAGCGCCGAGUCACAAAAAUUUGCCACUGUGGCCCGCAAGUCGAAGAAGGAGGCGAAGGCACACAACGCCCAGCGACGUCGCACAACCAUUGGCAUUCGGCCACACGAACCACCACCUCCACCUCCGGAGGAUAAACAAGGAGAUGGUGCCAACAAGACGCCCACAACCUCAUGGUAUGCCGAAUGUGGAGUCUUCAAGCAGUCCACAGAAAUAAGUCAACUCCCUCUACUCAAUGAGAACCACAGCGAAUUGGGUGGAAAAGCCAUCGCUCCAUCCCACAGUGGAUCGAGCAAUGGGCACACUAGUGGCGGCAACUCGUGGUACACGGAGUCGGGACUCUAUCAGACCAGCGGUGUCUCCGUGGCCAGCUCGAGCGGCAGCUCCGGCGUGUCCACGGGCAACGAGGCCGGCCUGGGCGACGAAUUGCCGCCGCACAGUCUUUUCCUCAACGAGCCGCUCUAUCAAAUCUACAGCGCAGCCAAACUAGAGUCCAUAACACGUGAUCUGGAAGAUCAUGAGAGCUCUACGGAUGGCUAUGAGGAAAUUGGACAGCAUUCGCGCACCCAGAAGGAACCAACGGAUUCACUGAAGCGCAGCAACGACUCCAAUGUCCGAAAGAGCACACGUCCAACGGCACUUCAGCUUGUAGAACCGAAGAACGGACCAUCGCGCACGCUCUGGAGUGAAAUACCGGAGGUUACUAACUCGGGCAUAUUACCCACGCUUACCCCUAGAGAACGUGGCCUGCAAGAGGCAAAAUUCGAGAUUAUCACCUCCGAGGCCAGUUACUUGAAAUCUCUGAAUCUCCUGCGUCGCCACUUCAUGAAUAAUGUCGCCUUCUGUGACACAUCCGUGCUUAGUUCGCGCGACCGGAAGGCGCUCUUCUCCUACAUUGUGCCCGUGCACGAGUGCUCCGAGCGUCUGCUGACGGAACUCGAAUCCUGCUGGCAGGACAACAUCAUGCUGCUGGGCCUGAGUCACCGCAUCUAUGCCAUAGCCGAGCGCUACUUCCAUGUUUAUAUCUCCUUCUGCGAGCAUCAGGGCCGCAUGGAUCGUACGCUGCGCCAUCUGAAGAGCACCAAGGGCGUCUUCCAGCAGCAGCUGGUGAAACUGGAGACCAGUCCCCAUUGCUGUGGCCUCAACCUGCUCUCAUUCCUGAUGCUGCCCAUGCAACGGAUCACCCGACUCCCGCUGCUCAUCGACGCGGUCUUUAGCAAGGUGUCCCCACACGAUGACGAGUACGAGAGCUGGAAGAUGACGCUGGCCAUCAUGAACAAGAUUGUGACGCAGUGCAACGAGGCGGCCAAUCGUUGCGAGCAGGCCUACGAGCUGGAACGCAUUUCCAAGCAGCUUGAAUUCCCCAGUUACAUUCGUGCCUUGGCCAUAGCGCCUGUGGGCGUGCCCAAGCAGGGAGCCAAGCCGCGCUUCCUGGUGAAACGUGGCGAGCUGACCCACAUAAUGUGUCGCGGGGAUGACGCCAAACUGACAUUUGGCAAGCGGUUCACCAAAUCCAGCAUUUAUGCGUUUCUAUUCUCCGAUCUUCUUGUGCUAACCAAACGCAAAGGCGAGUCCCAGUUCAGCGUCUUCGAUUACUGCCCCAGAAGUUUGCUGACCAUCGCCUCCGACGACUCACUGCCACAACUGCCAACCAAAGACAUCAAGGAUCAGACCGGCAAGAAUCUCAUACUGAUGACCCUCCUGGAGAACUACGAGGGGAAGACCGUCGAACUUGUGCUCUCUUGUCCGUCUGUGUCGGAUCAGCAGCGUUGGCUGCAGGCUAUGCGGCCACCGGAGGCGGAAACGCCUGGUGAGAAACUGUACGAGUCCUGGGACUGCCCGCAAGUAAUUGCCAAGCACAGCUACGAAUCCGAUGAGCCAGAUGUGCUUAAUUUGGAGUUGGGAGAUGUUGUAAAUGUUUCUCGCAAGCUACCAGACGGUUGGUACCAGGGCGAGCGCAUCCGUGAUGGCGCUGUUGGCUGGUUCCCCGGCAGCUACACCGAGGAAGUCAAUUCAGCGCAUGUGCGGGCACGGAACCUAAAACAGCGUUACCGUCUCCUAACCUUCACCGCCACCUAUUUGGAGUUGCAGAAGCGCAAGUGAAAGGAAUGCCAAGAACCGCUCGAUAGUAGUCGGAAGUUUCGUUUUUGCAUAAACAAACCUGUAGUCCUUUAGCUGAAAGUGAAAAGAAUAUGAAUACAUAAAUAAUAUUACGAAUUGUGAUAAUUGAUUAAAUUAAUCAUUUGGCAGUGCCUUCACUCAAGGGCGAGCAUGCCGUAUACCUGGAUGUGUAAGCUAUUAUAGAUGUAUGUAUAUAUUGUACUAUAUGCAAAGUAAUUAUUCUUAUUAUGUAUUUUAGUUGUGUUUAUUUAAUGUAAAAAUAAAUUUAAAUACAAUAUUAAAUCAAACCGUGUGAAGUAAA